GCCUAAUGUUCCUAAUUAGUUGGCAACUCAGUUUUAAACGCAUCAGAUGUUUAAAGCGUGCAUCAAUUUUAUUUGGUAUGCAGAAUAGACAAUGGCAGAAGAAAAAAAGUGGACACACGAGCGGAAGAAGUUAUUAAUAACAACAAGGCUUCGUCAUGAAGCAGAAUUUUCCGGCAAAAAAAGGAAGAGAAAUACAAUUUGGGAGUCGAUUUUAAGGGAAAUGAGGGACGUUGAGAGCUCGUUUCCAUUUUCAAGAGAUGAAAUAGCGAGGUGUUUUCUCAACAUAAUGGGGACUUAUAAGCGUAUAAAAAAAAGAAACAGUACUUCAGGCGAAGCAGCAUCCAAUUGGGAAUAUUGUAGUGAAAUCGAUGAAGUGUUUGGGAGUCGUUCAAGUAUUGAAGUGCCAUUAGAAAUGACCGAGUAUUCUAUAAUUUCAUUGGAAAGUCCUUCCACCACAGCAACAAUUGACGGAAUGGAUGUAACACCUACAACAUCAGUUAAAAGAAAGAGAAAUGACGUAAUCGAAUUCUUAGAGAAAGAAUCCGAAAAGGAAAACGAAGCUAUAAAUAAGCUUAUAAAAAUAGAAAGUGAAAGACUUGAAAUUGAAAAAGAAAAACUUAAAGAAUUAAAGCAACUACGGGCUUUAUUUGAAAACCCAGGAUAGUUUAUAAAUAAUAUAAAUUAUUACUAUUAUAUAAUUAUAAGAAAUAUAUAUAUAUAUAUAUGUUAUAGUUUUGAAAGUUCCUAUCUUAUGAAAUAAAAUACAUUUAUGUUCAUGUUAUUCAAAUUGUGGUUUUUAUUUUAGAAUUGUCGUUUAAUUCAGCUUGAAAACAACGCUGCCAGGGCAUUUCGUUUUUGUUGGGCUUCAUCUCUUUGCAAUGAUGGAACACUAACUUCAGAUGUUUGGGCCUCCUCUUCGUCCAAUUCUAUGCAAUCAAUGUUUUGCUGACCUCCAUUGAUUAUAAUCACGUUAUGUAUUAUCAUGCAUGUUAAUACAAUAAUUUUUGGAAUA